AUGGCCGGCUCGAUCUACAAACUUCCUCCGCUGCCGUACGCUUACGAUGCAUUGGAGCCAAGCAUUUCGAAGCAGAUAAUGGAGCUGCACCAUUCUAAGCACCACCAGACCUACAUCACAAAUCUGAACAAGGCACUUGAAACUUCGGCAACUGCUUUAUCACAAGGUCACUUACAAGACUCUGCUGCUCAGCUGAGUGCCAUUCGCUUCAACGGCGGCGGUCACAUCAACCACUCGCUCUUCUGGGAGAACCUGGCCCCAGCUUCCUCACAAGAUUCCCAACAUGACGCGGCGCCCAAGCUCAUCGCAGCCAUCAAUUCAACCUGGGGGAGCUUCGACAAGUUCAAGGAGACGUUCGGUGCCGCGCUUCUCGGCAUUCAAGGAAGCGGCUGGGGCUGGCUCGUCAAGGAGGCUGUCACGGGCCAGCUGCGAAUUGUGACGCUCAGCAACCAGGAGGCCGUCGUCGUGGGUGACACACCCCUCUUUGGUGUCGAUAUGUGGGAACAUGCGUAUUAUUUGCAGUACCUAAACGGCAAGGCGGCUUAUUUGGAGAACGUUUGGAAGAUCAUCAACUGGAAGACGGCCGAGACGCGCUAUGGUGGUGCCCGGGAGGAUGCGUUUAAAGUCUUGAAGUCAAAUAUGUAA